GGACUGUAGCCACUGUGCCUCGGCAGCGGCAGAGCUGACGCACUAAAACCCAGACGGAGAGGGAUAAGGGGAGGGCACAGAGAGAGAGCGGGCGAGAAUCCCCAGUGUCCAUAAGGAUGGGGCAGUGUUUAUUUUGACGUGGCAGACUGGAUUUCAUUACUGGUUAGUGGCUUCAGUUUAGAACAAGGCACUCCCCCACUGCACUCUGGAUGUGAGUGUGUAUUUCUCUCUCUGUCUCUGUCUCUCUGUCUCUGUCUCUUUCUCUCUGUGUGUGUGAGGGAGAAGUGCUUCGUUGCAGCAGGACUCUGCCUUGUACACAGUAGCCAGAAAACCUACCAUAUAUUUCACUUCUUCCUCUGUGCGGUUCUGUGGAUGCGCUCGAUGCGGCUCAAGGUGACUCAGGAUUCCCGAGCCAGCGCCAGGGAGCAUCCGGACUGGAUCCCUAGACCUCCAGGGACAAGUGGGCUGAAGCUUCCUCUCUACCUCCACCUGGAAGUGGAGUUGGACUGCGGAGAGGACUGUAGGAUAGUCGGGAGGAUGUGAGGCCUUGACAGCAGCCGAUAUCCACCACCAGGCCUACUAGUGUCCAGUCCAGCCCUGUGGGGGGGCAAGGGAAUGGGCCCGGUUUCACUGCAGGUGGAGACUGAACAGGAGCAGAAGCCAGAGGGAGAAAUGGAGUGCUACCAUAGCCUUCUGCAGGCUGGCUCUCAGCUGGAGAACACACUGCAGCAAGUGUCAGUCUCUAUGAGUAUGAAGGAGGUGGACGGCUACAUUGAGAAGCAGGUGGCCUACCUGUCAGGGGGGCGUGGUGAGGACUCGAGCGUGAUCGUAACCCUCCCAGAAUACUCUGCUUUCAGCGACAUUCCGGAGGAAUCUUUAGCCAAAGUCUUAACAUACCUCACCCUCAUACCUCGAGCAAGACAGCCAGGUGUAAAAUUCAUCAUCAUUUUAGACAGAAGACUGGAUACAUGGACCUCUAUCAAAACAGCACUUGCCAGAAUUGCGGCCUCCUUCCCUGGGAACCUCCACCUGGUGCUGGUGCUGAGACCCACCAGCUUCUUCCAGCGCACCGUCACAGACCUGGGCUUCCGUUUCAGCCAGGAGGACUUCAUGCUCAAGAUGCCAGUGGUGAUGCUGAGCUCUGUGACAGACCUACUGAGAUACAUUGAUGAGAACCAACUGACCUCUGAGUUUGGUGGAACCCUGGACUACUCCCAUAGUGACUGGAUCGUCCUGAGAACAGCCAUAGAGAGCUUUGCGGUGACAGUUAAGGACAUAGCUCAAAUGCUUCAGGCGUUUGGCACAGAGCUGGCUGAGACCAAACUGCCAGAUGAGGGCACCGCCAUCAUGCGCCUCCUCUCAACCCACACUGACAAGUACAGGAAACUCAAGGAGGCGAUACGGUCAGUAUCAAAGGAGGGUCGUCACCUGCUGGCUAGCCUGGAGGCCUCGGGGAGAGAGGAGGAUUCACUUUGGGAUGUCAGGCUGGACUGGGAGACUGUGCAGAGGCUACUAGCCCAGCUGAGGGGCAUGGAGUCAGCCUUUGACGGCUUCUUUGAGAAGCAUCAUCUAAAACUGCAACAGUACUUACAGCUGCUCAGAUACGAACAUCGCUUCAAGGAGAUGGAGUUGUCUCUGGAGCGUCUGGCGUCCCAGGAGAGAGAGAUGUCAUCGUCAGGGGAGACGCUGACUCAGACAGAGCAGACACUCAGAGACCUGGACAGCCUGGAGGCUCACGCACAGGAGGAGAUGGGACAUGCCCAGAUCAUCAUCCUCCAUGGGCACCAGCUGGCAGCCAGUCACCACUAUGCCAUGGCCCUGAUCGUGCAGCGCGGCAACGAGCUACGUCACCACUGUGACACGCUCAGUAAUGCUCUGAGGGUGAAACGCACACACCUCUCCCAGGCCCACCGGCUGCUGCUACGCCUCGGCCAGGCCCAGAGUUGGUGUGGCGACGGGGCCUACCUGUUGGCCCAGCAGCUGGUGGGUAAGUUCCAGUCGAAGGAGGGUGCCCAGGCAGCUCUGAAGGACAUAGAGAGAUUCCUGGAGGGGGCUCCGUCUCUCCUCGGCUCAGGACCUGACCUCCUGGCCGUGGAGUUUGAGUCUGUCCUCACCCCAGAGAUACAGGUCCAGAUAGGGAAGGCGUUUGAGAAGCACACGGUGGUGCAGGAGAUGAUCCACAACAGGCAGGUCUGUCUGAGGAAGCUGGCUGAUAAACACGUCCGUCCCAUCCAACUAGUGGCCCCCAGGGCGGAGAGCCCGCCCCGCUCCAAGUCCCCACUCUUUUCCCCCAAACAUGGUGUCGACAGUUUGAAGUUCUCCUUCGAUCUGUCACUCCCUGGGAAGAGGACGUCCCGGAAAAGCCCCGCCUCCAGAAAGAUCGAGGUGAUGCAUGACUACCAGGAGAAUAGGAGCUCCCUGCGCUCCAGCCUGGAGGGAGAGGACAGCCCAGACCUUCUCAAACGUCACGUGAUGAGGGAGCUGAUUGAGACAGAGAGGGUCUAUGUGGAGGAGCUGCUGUCAGUGCUGCUGGGUUACAGGGGAGAGAUGGAGAACCCGGCCCUCGCGGGGCUCUUGCCCCCCAUCCUGCGCAGUAAGAGGAACGUCCUGUUUGGCAACAUGCCUGAAAUCUACAACUUCCACAGCAGGGUGUUCCUCCAUGACCUGGAGGGCUGCCUAGAGACCCCAGAGGGAGUAGGGGCCUGUUUCCUGGAGCGGAAGGAGAAUUUCAAGGUGUAUGAGUGCUACUGUCAGAAUAAGCCUCGCUCAGAGUCCCUAUGGAGGCAGUACUCAGACUGUACCUUUUUCCAGGAGUGUCAGAAGAAGCUGGAACACAAACUGGGCCUGGACUCUUACCUUCUGAAACCAGUCCAACGCCUUACCAAGUACCAGCUACUACUGAAGGAGCUACUGAAGUACAGUGCAGGAGGCUGUGAGGGGACCUCCGAGCUACAGGGGGCGCUAGCAGCCAUGCUCCACCUCCUCAAGUCAGUCAAUGACUCCAUGCAUCAGAUAGCCAUCACAGGUUACCAGGGAGAGUUGUGUGACCUGGGCCGUGUGCUGAUGCAGGGCUCCUUCAGUAUGUGGAUCAGCCAUAAGAAAGGCCCCACCCGUAUGAAGGAGCUGGCCCGCUUCAAGCCCACGCAGAGACACCUGUUCCUGUAUGAGAGAGCCCUGCUUUUCUGCAAGCGCAGGGAGGAGCAUGGAGAGGGAGCAGACAAGACCCCCUCCUACAGCUUCAAGCACUGUCUGAAGAUGAGUGCGGUGGGGAUUACGGAGAACGUCAAGGGAGAUGUGAAGAAGUUUGAGAUCUGGUACAGUGGCAGGGAGGAGGUGUACGUCGUUCAGGCUCCCACAGUGGAGGUUAAGACAGCUUGGCUCGGGGAGCUGCGGAGGAUCCUCACCAACCAGCAGAAACUCCUCAAAGAUGAGCGUUGUGUCGACAUCCAGAUGCCAGACCACAUCCGACGGUCUCCGCCCAUGUCUGAGAGCAAACAGCAGAGGGCGUCGUUCAGCUCAGAGGACACGUCAGGGAGGAGCAGUCCAGACCCACAGUCCCUCUCCCCAAAUCACCAGCGCAACCGACACAGCUGGCCCGGCACGCCUCACUCAAUGGACAUCUGUCUGGGUCUGGAGGAGUGGGGUGGAGGUCAGGACCCCUCUCACCCGUCAGACACCGAGGAGGAGGACACUGCUCAGCUGGCUCCAGGCAGAUAUAAGGCCUUGGCUGAAUGUCCACGAGACGGCUCAGAUGACCUCGCCAUCGAGAGCGGUGACGUCAUCCAGCUGCAGCACGUGGACAGCGAAGGCCACUGAUCCAGGGAAUCUGAAGGCCAGAAAGCUCAGCUCCUCUUAGAGGACAAAUGCUGCCUUCAAGUGCUUGUGGGAACUGGGAAACUUUACAGUAUGAAGUCGUAACUCUGGAACAAUUCUUGAACCAAUGGCAAGCUAGAGGAUCUAUCUAAUGAUCCAGUUAGUUAGCGUGAUUAAAGUUGACAAUAUGGUAAAACUAGCUACAUUAUACACAUUGAUACGUUUGACAAUGUCAAAAUGGAUUUGCUUUAACAUCUUUUGGUUGAAAAGGUGAAAGGUCAGUGAUGAAAAGUCACAACUUGGAAACUCUGGUAUCAAACCCGAUCACCGACUUUCCCAUUUGGAAUUCCGACUUGGGAGGGUCAUUCAAGUGGUAAUUUCCUACUACAGAGGAGCAUUUGAAGGCAGCAAUAGAACAGCUUUUGUGGGACCUUUGCACAGAUUCACAGUCUGACCAGAGUGUUAUACAUUAGACACUAUGAGGUCAUGACUGAUAGAAUAUCUUAAAAUCUGCUUUCUCGAAGUGCUCUGAUUGGCCAUGAUGAGAGACAACUCUCCAAUUGAAGAAGGACACAGGAGCUUACAUUUUGGAUUAUUGAUUAACAUUUUUCUGGGCCAAUAACAUGAAGACCUGCUUUUGCCCACCGUGAUGGACAGUGGACAAACUUAAUGAAUGUUACCUUAACUUUGGACAGCACAGGGCUCCACCAGCACACAUGCACAAGGUUUUGAGGAAGGACAAGGGACAUGUGAAAAGAUUUGGCACUUAAAGUUAAUUCCCUCACUUCCUCUUCGAACCAGCCAAUGGCCUUUUCCGUUGGGUUGCUGUAGCUGGAUUGGGACCGUUAUACACCCAUGGACUCGGCCUCUCGACUGAGGGAUUCUUAACCAUUAUUGCUAUUCAGUGGGAAUGCAGUUGGUGGGUGUUUGUUUGUGUGUGUGAGUUUUUAUGGAUCAUUAUAAUCCAGGUUUCGCUUGAAACAUUUCUUUAAAAUAUACUUUUUUUUUUACAUUUUUGAUGUGUAUACUUGAAUGUCAAACUGUUGUUUGGUUCCAUGUUCAGUUAUUCUACAUGCUCAUGUUGUUUAGGAAUCCAUGCUGUCUUGUUCCUUAAGGCACCCUUCUCUUACGCUCUCCAAGAGUUGAAAUGCCAGAACGUGCCGUGCCAUAAUGCCUUUUUAUUCCUGCUGUUUUGGAAUCGGUCUCCUCUUCAAUAAAUGUUUGCUCAGCAAUAACAAAACACAGUCUUGCUUCUACCUCACCUCAGACCUAUACACAACUGGCACUUUAUUGGGGUGGAAGGUCUACAAGAGAAAAUGCAUGCUGAAAGAAAACAGAACGCUUUACUAUAUUUUCAAAGGCUCUAUAGAAGUUGAGUUAUCGGUGAAUGCGAUACCUCCUUCAUACCUAUGAUUAACUUACCAUUUUAUUUCCUAAACUCAUUGUCAGUGGAGAUGAGAUCACGGUGAUUGAUAUAAGUGUAUUAAUCAGGUCUUCAGAUGUGACUUUGGAGGUCUGGGGAAGAGCUGCUACCAGCAUGGAGCCAGCAAAUAGAGACUGCUGUAAUUCUCCCCAGGAUUUCAUGCUCUCUGUCUCCCUCAGCCCUCUUUGAGAGAGUUCCUCUCCUCCUCCAUCGCCUCACACUUAAUCUUAGGUUUCCCAUUAAACGGGAUCAUACAGCAAACAUGAAAUAUACCCACUGUGUCGAACGCUUAAUUAAAUAUUGAUUGCGGACUUAUAGGAAUUUACCACGUCAAGUCGGAGGCCUGCCUUUGAUAUGCUGCGUUUGAUGUGGAAAUUAGCUUGGAAAGCAGCACGUUUCUUGUGUUAUUUAUUUAAGUUCCGUUGCUGUGUGAGGCAGCUAUGCAUCACCGUGAAAUGAUGUCUAUAUACCCUUAGAGUCCUGUUUGACUGCCAUGCAUUGUGUCAAGGGGGUUCUUUCAUCUUAAAAAAAGUAACAUUUUGCCAUAUUUUCUUCUUUUGAGCUACUUCGGUCUAAAAAGCUACACAUUUUGCACUGAGCUGUGAUGUAAAAAAAUAUAUACACUGAACAAAAAUAUAUAUGAGCUGAAAUAAAAGAUCCCAGAAAUUUUCCAUAAGCACAAAUGUUUACAUCCCUGUUAUUGAGCAUUUCUCCUUUGAAAAGAUAAUCCAUCCACCUGACAGGUGUGGCAUAUUUAAGGUGAUUAAACAGCAUGAUCAUUACACAGGUGCACCUUGUGCUGGGGACAAUUAAAGGCCACUCUCAAAUGUGCAGUUUUGUCACAACACAAUUCCACAGAUGUCUCAAGUUUUGAGGGAGCAUGCAAUUGGCAUGCUGACUGCAGGAAUGUCCACCAGAACUGUUGCCAGAGAAUUGAAUAUUCAUUUCUCUACCGUAAGCUGCCUCCAACGUUAGAGAAUUUGUCAGUACGUCCAACUGGCCUCUCAACCACAGAUCACAUGAAUUGGGACUUGUGGGAGAGCGGUUUGCUGAUGUCAAUGUUGUGAGUGGAGUUAUGGUAUAGGCAGCAUAACCUACGGACCACAAACACAAUUGCAUUUUAUCGAUGGCCAUUUGAAUGCUCAGAAAUACCGCAAUGAGAUCCUGAGGCCCAUUGUGAGGCCCAUUUUUUUUAAUGUAUCUGUGACCAACAGUUGCAUAUCUGUAUUCCCAGUCAUGUGAAAUCCAUAGAUUAGGCCCUAAUAAAUAUAUUAAAAUUGACUGAUUUCCUUAUAUGAACUGUAACUCAGUAAAACCUUGAAAUUGUUGCGUGUUGAAUGUAUUUUUGUUCAGUAUGUGCUUGAAAGUGCUGUGCGUCUUUGAAAAGCGCUGUAAACUUGUUGCUGAAUGUUUCUCAAUAGAGAAAUUGCAUGGCAAACUGAAUAUUGACUGAACAUGGCAGGUUUCAGGUUAUUGUUUUACAGUCACUGUCAUUGUUUGGCUGCAUUUUGUAUAUAGGCCAAAUAAAGUAUUUAUUAAAAUAA